UGCAUCGUCAAGGCAGGAGGCUCCAUCGUCGUAGAGGAGCAGAGGGGGGCUUGGCCAUUGUUGUGAAUGAGGGCCAGCAUGACGUCAUGGAGCCAAUGUCAACAAUGCAGCUCCUGGAGGAGAAAAGGCGUUUCAUCCUAACACACGCGCACGCACACACACACGCAGACCCACGGAGGAUCUAUCUACCACACACCGACUGAUGCCGAGGGUCCAUUAACAGCAGCAGUUGUGGCUGUCGGAGAUUAGACACAAUGUGGACUCGCUGGUUGUUCUGAGGAUCAGCAGACGGGCAGGAAAAACAAUCCUCGAGGGAGUGAUGUUGGCAGGCGAAGACCAGGACAGUGAGGCGGCAUCGCCCAUGUAUGUCUAUGAAUCCAACGUCCACUGUGCCAAUGUGCUGUUGAGCCUGGAGGAGCAGCGGCGGCAAGGCAUCCUUUGCGAUGUGACCGUACUGGUGGAGGGCAGGGAGGUCCGCGCACACAAGGCAGUUCUUGCUGCAAGUAGCCGCUACUUCCUUCAAGUCUUUCUAGGGCACAACACAUCACCAGGCGAAGCAGAGCCCAUUAUUGAGCUGCCAGACAAGGUGACAGCAAAGGGUUUUGCUCCACUCCUCCAAUUUGCCUACACAGCCAAGCUGGUUUUAAGUCGAGAGAACAUUCAUGAGGUCAUCCUGUGCGCUGACUUCCUGGGUGUUCACAAUUUGGAGGAUUCUUGUUUUCGAUUCCUUCAAGAACAGCUACAGAAUGACAGCCAACAUGCUAGCAAUGGCAAGGUGAAAUAUGAUGAUGACUUCACGGCCAAGGACACAGUGUUUUCUGAGCCAAUAUCUUUGGAUGAUUCUGCAGACACGAAGCCCCACGUAGCAAUCACCGUGCCACUUCCCACUGACCUUCCUCAAUGUCCUAAAUACAGAAAAUAUCACCACCAGAUCUGUGACAACAAGCUUAAUGGAGAAAACCACCAUAGCAAUGAUGAUGUCAUUCUGCCCCAUCAUACCUCAGUCAGCCCUGUAAGCUCGCUGCUUGGAGACAACAGUGCUGCUUCACAAACUCUACUUACACCCUCAAGAAUCAAAGAGGAACCCUUUGUGUUUGAGGAAGAAGAUGAGAGCAAUGGUUGCAACCCAGAGUUGUGUUCUGAGGAAGUACUGGAGAUGGAGCUAGAGGUAGAAGGGGUUCCAGUAGCAGCUGAGCAUUCGCCAAGCCGAGGCUCACCCUCUUCCUGUCUACGCUCCUACCUCCAGAGAGGUGGCCUGGAUCUCAGUGGUGUGCCCAGUGCCACCAUCCAGCAGCUACUGAACAACAGACUGUCCCUAAACCACUUUGGGGAACUGGUUAAACACAGACAGAGGGAUAAGAUGGAAUCUCAAGCGGACCUCAAGACAAGUAUUGCAGAUGUGCUACCAGCAGUGCUGACUGGCAUUGGUGAGAACAUGGACAGGCCAGUUUCCAAAGCCUCCUCCUCUAAACAUGAGGGGGAGCUAGACAGGCGAAGUGUCAUUUUCUCUUCGGCAGCUGGCGAGCGACAAAUGUUGGCCCAUUCCUACAUGGAUGAGAAGUUCAGAGAAAAGGUCUCAACCCUGAUGCAGGUAGAGCCCCUUUCAUCUGGUCGGUCUAGCUUCACUACCAGCUGCCCUGUUCCCAUCAAGACCUCAGCCCACUCUCCUCCUCCCUUUGAGGCUCAAACACAGACCCCCAGCUCCCGUUCCUCAUUCUCUUACCCAGAGGACGCAGGCAGUUGUAGCUCGUCUUCCAGCCUGCCCCAGUUUGACUUUUCCUCAUCCCCCCACUCAGGCUCCAUCUCUGGACUGUCUCACUGCCUGGCUGGGGUGGUGGAUCAGAGGAACACCCACACUGGAGAGGUGGUCUUCUCUCAGGGUUGUGCAAAUAUCAAAAGUGCACAGGAAUUUGGUGCCAGUGGUGGCAACUCCAGCGAUGAAUCAGGAUCUUUCUCAGAGGGAGACAGUGAAAGUGGCACCUCCAGAAUCUCUGGUCCUGAGGUGAAGCUGCCCUUCCCUGUGGACCAGAUCACCAAUCUGCCACGCAAUGACUUCCAGAUCCUGGUCAAGAUGCACAAGCUGAGCUCAGAGCAGCUGGAAUUCAUCCACGACAUUCGCCGCCGCAGCAAGAACCGCAUCGCCGCCCAGCGCUGUCGCAAGAGGAAGCUGGACUGCAUCCAGAACUUGGAGGGCGAGAUCCGUAAACUGGUGAGUGAAAAGGACAAGCUGCUGAGCGAGCGCAACCAGCUGAAGGUUUGUAUGUCGGAGCUGUGGCAGAACCUCUCCUUCCUCUCCCAGCAAGUGUGCAGGGAGGUGCAGGGCAGUCAGCCGCCUACCGUCUCCGCCAGCAUCGACCUGACAGCCAUGCCACCGUCGCCUUCUCCCGAAGAUGUCGUAUCCCAGCCCAGGUCGCCCGCGUCACAACACAACAAGGCAGUGUGUCUGUCGGAUGUGGGUCUCCAUCAUGGGGGGGAGGAUAGGCAGUACAGGGUAGAGGUGUCAGGUUUGGGGCAGGAGAACACAGAUUGUCCACUGGAGCAUGGAUCCACUGAGGAAAUACGUAGCCCCACUGUAACGGUGGAUUUCUGUCAGGAAAUGACUGAGAAAUGUACGACAGAGGACCAGAAAAGAAGGGAUUGUACUUAGAGUCUGGUGACAAAACGUUUUCGUCUAUGACACACUUGUCUUGUCUUUACCUUGAUAUUUGAAGUAUUUUUUUUUUCUUUUUUUUUCUUUUUUUUAAAUGGAUGACACAAGCGCUAUCAGCAAUACUGUUCAACAGAUAUUUUUGGACUGGUAUAAAACAGAAGCACUGGGAGCUUUCUCUCUCCUCCUCCUCUCUCUAUCAUCUCGACUCUUUCUUCCCGUCAGCUUCCCCAGUUCUCACGUGCAUCACGGGAGGUUAAACUCAGGAAUUCCACAGAAUGUUCACUAAUGUCCCUGUCAACAUGUACAUGCACUUUACUUUAUGAGUCCUGUCUAAUCUUGAUCAUUAUUGUUGGUGCAUAUGAUUGAUUUGCGAUAAAUAAUUAGCAGUAAAUAAUUCACAUUUGACCUCAACAUGUCUGCUUAAGGAAGGAAUGGGUCAACAUAUUGGGUGGAUAUGCCUUUUAGCUUCUUUUCUGACAGUGAAAUGAGAAGAUGAUACCAGCUUCAUGUCUGCGUGUUGGGUACAGUACAGAGCUGGAGCCAGAACAUGGUCAGGCUAGAUUAGCAUAACAACUGCAGGCAGGGGGAAAAAACUUGUCCGGUUCUUGCCAAAGGGAAAGAAAUAUGCCUAACAAUAAGGGCAAGGCAAGGUAAUUUUGUUUAUAAAGUCGAGAAUCUAAAUGUCUGCUUGAGCUUUUGAUAUUUCUGUCGAUAUAAUAUUAUACAUUAUAUAAUGUUAUCGAGGAAUAAGAUAUGGAUAGUUCUGGAGUUGUGACUGCUGUAAAACCUUUGGAGAGGAUGUUAUGUCUUGACGAUACUGUGUCUAAUUCCCUGCUGAAUUCUUUACUCUCGUUUUGAUUUAUGGUGUUUUUAUAUCUCAGCUACUGGAAUAGGAAAUCUGACAGUUUGCAGUUUGUUCCAGGUGUGUUUGCAUAGUUAUCUGUUCGUUAUGAAACAACUUUCUCUUCAAUUAUCACCUCACCUGUUGCCCGUAGGAGUGUUGGAGAAGUAUUUGGAGAUUUCUCCAUUUCCAGAAAGGAGGCCCACUCCUCCCUAUAAGUAAGUGGAAUGCAGGGCAGUAGAUAAUGGCUGAUUCUUCUGGGUAAUGGUCACCGGUGCAGCGUCACUAUUCUGAUUGGGUUGAUUUUGGUGUCCAGGAUAUUGGGAGUUAUUGAAUUGCUGGAUAAGGAAAAACCUAAUGUGUAAAAAUUACUGAUGCUAGGGGAAAAAACGAGGUUUAUUCUCUUGCAGUUGUAUUAUUGGAUUGUAUUUAUAGUAGACUAACUUAGUAACUAUCUUGCCUCUGGUGUGUUGACACAACUUUUGCUCUUUUCAUCAAGAGGGAAAUGUACAGACCUAAUUUCCUGAUAUCUCUGACUAGAUGUUUUGUUGAAACUGUGCUGCUUAUAAUUAUAAACUGAAGAAUAUUAUGUUAACAUGGCACAUGACUUUAGAAAGCUGUCACUUGGCCCAGCUUUAGCUCACCAAGAAAGAAUUCUGAUAAUUAUCUCCUACCGAAACCACAAUUUGUAUGCAUCUUUUUUGUCUAGUUGUCUAGUACUAUGUUAUUAUGUCAACUUGAGAGCUGAUGGUAGACAUAACUUUUCACCUUUGGUGGCAUAGUCAGACUAUCUGUUCCCUCUGUUUUUAUGCAAAACUAGGCUUACCAUGCCCAUCUUCUCACCUCACUUAAAGAGAGAAAACUAAAUAUAUUUUCUAAAAUGUUGGUCUAAUCCUUUAAAAUAUUCAACAAAUGGUUCAACAUCAAACAGCUUGCUUUUUGUGAUACGACAUAAAGCUUCAGUGUGAAGGAUUUACUGGUGUCCAGCAGUGCGGCUGCAUAUUACAACCAACUGAGUACCUCUCCCUAACCCCCAAGUGCAUAUGGGGAAACUACUGUGGCCUUCAGGUAUCACAAAAACACAUAAGUCCCUCUCUAGUGUCAGAGUUUGGUUUGUCCUUUCUGGGCCACUGUAGACACAUGGCAGUGAAACAUGGCAGCCUCUGUGAAAGAGGACCUGCUCCUGAUGCGGAUAUAAAGGGCUAAUUUUUAAGGUAAUAAAACCCAAUAUUUCUUAGUUUCAGGUGAUCUUACGCUAAUGAAAACACAAAUUUCCUUUUUGCCGAUAGAUCCCCAUGAAUCCUACACACUGGAGCUUUUAACAUCUCAAGUGACGCAGUAGUGACACAGGACUUUAAAGUAAAAUGUUACCAAAGGUGUGUAUUUGAAGAAAAAAAAAAUCUCAUUAUGCAACGUUUCAUUUAAGACACUUCACUUUUACUUUUUCUUGUACUCAGAUGGACAUUUCUACACAUAACUUGUCUGCCUUGUUUCAUAUCUGUGCUAAGAGAUAGAACAUUGCAAAACAUAAGCACUGCCCAGCACCUCCAAGAGGUUACGCCUAGCACUGAUCAAACAUGUCCAAAUGAAGGGCCACGCCAGUGCUGAUAUACAUUUUUGCUGACCAUUUUCCAAAGCAUUCUGCCCUGGUUCUAAGUUGAUUUCAUUCAUUUCACUUUCCAUGAAAAUCAACAUGCAUUUUGCUCUAGUUGUUGUCAAAGUUACAUGAUAUUCAUGAUUGGUUACUUGUUUUUUAUUUUAAAGUUAGUGUAUAGGAACACCAGAAAUAAUGUGUGAAAUAAGAGAUGGAUUUCAAUCAGACCUUUUCAUUUUUUUCAAACUUUAUUGUCUUUUCAUUUUGAAUGGAUGAUUGCCAUUUUUGUCUACCCAAUAUCACAUUAUGACAAAGUAAAAAUGUGUUUUUGGAAGUUUUUUGCAACUUUAACAGAAGUUUUCUGAAAUAAUACUAAAGUAGCAAUUGAUGUAUCUAAAACAUUCCUAAAGAUUUGUGUGUUCCCAGGCGCAGAGUGGCCUCAAUCAUUUUAAAUGGAAGAAGUUUGGAACAAGUAGGACUCUCCAUAGUCGGUUGUUUAGCCAAACUGAAUAACACAAGAAGGACCUUACUCAGGGAGGAGACCAAGAGCGCAAUGGUCACUCAAACUCAAACUUCAGAAGAUUAGUAUUGAAGACUGUCCAGAACUAGGUUUGCAAAGCUUGUAUAGACAUUUGAAUAUCGGUUUAGCCACUUAAUGAAUAGAAAUUUCAGUUUUUUAUUAAUUAUUAUUAUGAAUCAUUUUAUCAAGAGUAAUGUGGGCAAAAAUGGCAAUUUCUGCACAAUAAAGUGUGCAAAAUGUGA